GACACCCCCGCCCCUCCCCUGCACACUCCCCACCUAACAACAACCUCAGCCCCGCAGCGAGGCUCUCUCACAACGACCCCACCCCGCCCCCAACCCCCCUGAGAGAGGGCACGGAGCGAGACACACACCGAGGAAGAAGAAGAAGAAGGAGGAGGAGGAGGAAAAAAAAUCGAAGAAGACCGCUUCGGGUUGCCCUCAAUCCGGGCCUACUAAUGCUGUAGCAGAGAGAGGAAGAGCGACAACAGCGCACUGAUUGAGGAGUCGGCGUCGGGGUGGACCAAGGCGGAACCCAGGGGGGGGAACACGACGCUUGUUCAUUCGCUUGUUCGUUCGUCACCAUCAUGGGAUGUACGCUGAGCGCCGAGGAGCGAGCCGCUCUGGACCGGAGCAAGGCCAUCGAGAAGAACCUGAAGGAGGACGGGAUGGUGGCCGCCAAGGACGUCAAACUGCUGCUGCUCGGCGGUGGAGAGUCCGGCAAAAGCACUAUCGUCAAACAAAUGAAGAUUAUCCAUGAAGAUGGCUUCUCUGGGGAUGACGUGAAGCAGUAUAAGCCUGUGGUCUACAGCAACACCAUCCAGAGCUUGGCAGCCAUCCUGCGAGCCAUGGACUCGCUGGGAAUCGAAUUUGGAGACAAGGAUCGAAAAGCGGAUGCCAAGCUGGUGUGCGACGUCGUGAGUCGCAUGGAGGACACUGAGCCAUACUCUGCGGAGCUUCUCAGCGCCAUGAAGCGUGUUUGGGCUGACGCUGGGACUCAGGAGUGCUUCAACCGAGCCCGCGAAUACCAGCUUAACGACUCGGCCCAAUACUACCUGGACAGUUUAGACCGUAUCGGGGCUGCAGACUACCAGCCCACAGAGCAGGACAUCCUGAGAACCCGAGUGAAGACCACCGGCAUUGUGGAAACCCACUUCACCUUCAAAAACCUACAUUUCAGGCUCUUUGACGUGGGAGGGCAAAGGUCAGAAAGGAAGAAGUGGAUCCAUUGCUUUGAGGAUGUGACUGCCAUCAUCUUCUGCGUGGCCUUGAGUGGUUAUGACCAAGUGCUCCACGAGGAUGAAACAACUAAUCGCAUGCACGAGUCCCUCAUGCUCUUCGACUCCAUCUGCAACAACAAGUUCUUCAUCGACACCUCCAUCAUCCUCUUCCUCAACAAGAAGGACCUCUUCGCAGAGAAAAUCAAGAAGUCGCCGCUGACCAUUUGUUUUCCCGAAUACACAGGUGCUAACACUUACGACGAUGCUACCGCCUACAUUCAGGUCCAGUUCGAGAGUAAGAACCGCUCUCCCAAUAAGGAGAUCUACUGUCACCUGACCUGUGCCACGGACACAGGGAACAUCCAGGUAGUGUUCGAUGCCGUCACUGACAUCAUUAUCGCAAACAAUCUGAGAGGAUGCGGCUUAUACUGAGCACGGCUGUCGUCGCGGAGCCUGAGGCGUUAUUGAUCAUUUUCAUAAUACUUUACAUAAUAAAAAAAACACACACGCACACAAAUAUGUAAUUCUACACGUCCGAAAUGGACCCAAAGAGCUGCCGCCAGACAUCACGUCAGAUUCAUGUCAUGAUUUUUGUGCCCUUCCUCUUCUUAUGAGUUCACAACACCAGUUUUGUCUUUGAAUGUUAAUGAUUUGUUGAUGAGCGUAAACAAACAACUGGGGGAGGGGGCAGGAGCGACAGCACAAAUGCAGUGCGUAAGGGGCAAAACACCCCAAAUAUUGUCUGGUGCUGCGUUUCUCAAAGCUGUAAGAUGGCGGAGAACAUGCUGAUAAUAUAAUCGUGGGAAGGCGCCAUUGUCGUCUCUCCUUCAGAGGGCCACACACAUGACUGAGUAGCCCGCAGGUCUGUUCCACUCCCUGUCUCUUGUACUUCAACAGAAAGAGACUAUUAUCCUGUGUAGAGUGGUCUCGAACCCGCCUCUGAUUGGGGGGGUGGGGGGGGGGGGGGGGGAGUCAUAUCGGUGCCAACCAUCUGAGAACAGAUUAGUAUCAUAGUUGGCUAUUAUUUAAGGUUAUGACCAUGGAAUAUUUUUUUUAUUUAAGCCUCAUGCCCCUUCCUCCAACCUCCUGAAUGCCACACAUUUUUAAUUUCCAAACGUACUUGUAGCCCUCAAUGUGAAUCUGUUUAGACAUAGAAGACUGCACAAGGAGAAUAUCAUUGCAGGCAGCCUUUGUCUGGGGAGAAACUAUCAUAUUCCAAGCCUCUAUCUUAAAACAUUCUCCCCUCCCAUCUAUCAUCAUCAUUCCCUUUUCACACACAGAAGUACAGCUCUUCAUUUUCACCCGUACACCGCAUUCCUGUAUACACAUCUCCCCUCAUAUCCUAUCCCUCCUCACCUUAAAAGCACCGUAUUGUAUAUAAAUAUAUUACGAUUAUACCAGAUUUUUCUUUUUUUUACUGUGAAUGUUUUUGUGCUGCACCCCAUCUUAUUCUCUAGUUCAUUGGUUGCUCUCAUGUGGAAUGUUUGUGCUGAGCCAAUCGAAUGUUGUGUUUACAUUAAAGCUACACUUUUCCUAACUA